AUGUCGAACUACACAUACGAGCCCGUCUCGCCUCGCUCGCAGGGCUACAGCGAGUCGACGUUCUCCAGCCCUCGCUCCAUGUACACCGGUUCCGUGCGCACCGAAUCCACACGCAGCUCCAGCUCCGACGAUGGCGAGGCCGUCGUUCGUGUCGUGGCUCCCCUCGCAAAGCGACCGUCCGGUCCCAACAGCAUUCAAGAGCGCAACGCCAUUGCGUUCGCCAACGUUGACUACCUCCACAACGCCCUCAAGCUCCAGGACUUCAACAACAAGCAGAGCCAGGACGACAACGCUCUCGAGGAGCUCCUCGGCCUGUACGCUGCCAACGCUAACGUCUCUUCUCACAGCCCCAAGCAGGCAGCCUUCCGAUCGCCCAAGGUCGACUCGAUUGGCGAAGAGGAUGAGCUCGAGCUCAUCGACGAGCAGCCGCGCUACACACGAGAGGAGAAGGGCAAGUCGGUCGACUCGAGCGACUCUGAACAGCAAGUUUCUUCCUCGCCGCCGCUGUCCUCUGAGGCCAGCAGCAUGUUCGGCGAGGCUGGCGCGCUCCCCACCUCGGGUCUCACCCGCGAGGACAUCGUCUUCCGCACCGCCAACCUCAACGAGUCGCCCCCUACCCUGCCCGCUGCCCAGUCUACCCUCGCCACCGCCUUCCCCUCGCUCACCGAGCCCCCCGCGCGCAUGUUCGGCGAGGACGGUGCCCCCCUCCCCCCAACCAAGAAGGAGGAGAUCACCGCCGCCGAGCGCGCCGCUCGCCAGGAUGCACUCAAGGUCGAGCUCAAGGGAAGCAAGGUGCACUCGCUCGUCAAGGCCGUCGUUGUUCUCGAAAGCCGCACCUCGCUGUGGAAGCGCAUCGCCGCCAUCGACAAGAAGGCUUCCGACUCUGCGCCGCUCCCUCUCCUUCCCGAGCUGCCCAACCCCUGGGACAUGGACAUCCACCACGAAGGCCUCGACAUCAGCACUAUCAAGACCAAGACGCGCAAGAUCUUUGAGCUGCCUCGCUCCAACACGGUCGGCGCCUGCCGCAAGUGUUCCGGUAGCGGCAGCGAGACGUGCCGUACCUGCCGCGGUGAAGCUGGCAACGAGUGCUUCUGGUGCUCCGGCUCGGGUCUGCAGAAGGGUCGUCGUCGCUGCGGUCGAUGCCAGGGCCAAGGUAAGCUGAGUUGCAUGGCCUGCGAGGGUAAGAAGGCCUCGACGUGCCGUUCGUGCGACGGUGCGGGCUGCGGCGAGUACUGCGCCUUUGUCGAGGUCAAGAUGCGUCGCAUCGAGGUUCCUGCCGUUUCGGUCGCCGACCUGCUUGGCUCGUCGCGCACCUCGGCCGCCAACGCCCACCCGAUGAUGGUCAAGAACGCCUCGAUCGACAUGCUGUGGGAGCUGGUCAAGAUGCUGGCCACCAAGGCGAGCGUCAAGGCCAAGCGCCCCUACUUGCCCGUGUCGGCGGUGUGCACGUGGGAGAAGAGCGUCAGCUACCUCGCCCAGGUCACCGCCAUCCAGCAGGCCAAGUUCAAGGCCGGCUCCAAGCAGCCUUUCCGUCCCGAGGGCCUGCACCGUCAUGUGGCGACCAAGACGCGAUACUUCUCGCUCUCGACCGACCCGGCACUGCCGCACGCCGAGUUGACGCUCGACCAAUUUGUCAAGCAGAACGUGCCCGAGAAGGCCGUCGUCGAGGUGGGCCCCGCGACGGGCGUGCACAACGUUUCGCGCCGUCUGUCGGUGAUGCUCCUCGGCGACGCCAACGCGCCGUUCACGCCACAGCUCUCGUCGACCGCAUCGUCGCCCAAGCAGUCGGGCGACUACUUUGGCGACUUUGCCGGUGCAGCGGGGACGGUGGUCUCGACGCCCGUCACGCCGCUGGCUGGCUCGUCGCCUGUCUUGUCGCCUACGCUCAGGCCCAGCAGCGUCCGCCCCAUGAGCCCCAUGCGCGCCCCUCCUGCUCAGUUCAACUCGGACGAGCUCAGGAUCAAGAUGCUCCGCCACUCAAAGAGUCUCUCUGGGGCCAACUUUUCCCGCCCCAUCACUGCCCCCGGUAUCCCCAUUUGA